CUUCUAAGUAUAUUUUCUUCAUAAUUCUUCAGGAUAGAUAGUACCUUCUUUAACAAGAGAUGUCGAGAACAUCAAGAACACUUCAAGCAGAGACUUCUGAGUAUAUUUUCUUUAAACUCAAGUAGAUAUUACCUUCUUUAAAAACAGUUGUAUUAGAAGAGUGAAGACUUUCAUGGGUAGCUGAUGCUGUUUUCUAUCCCAAUCAUAAUUUGAGUAUCUAAAAACUUCAGUGAUGCUAAAGCAAAGACCAGUAAGAAAACUCUCAUCUUGUUGAAGCAGAAUACUCGUUGCCAGUGAACUGAUCUCCCUCUUUUGAGUGGGGACGAUGACGACGCCACUGGUGGAGAAGGAUGAGGGAAGAGGAGGUCAAUAGCUUCUCAAGUAAAGGAUUAUUGUGUUGGAGCGGAGCCAGUGGAGAAGAUGAAAGGAAAAGGUGCGGUCAUGGCGCACAGGGAUCAAAUUGAUGGACAAGUGUUCAGAGAUCCAGGUAUGCAGACAUAUGGCAUUUACUUCGCAUUCAAUACUCCACCUACUAGCCUACACUACACAUGCCUCCAACCAGGAGCUACCAUUGAUGGCAUUAAAUGCUCCCAUCCCUCUCCCCACCUUCUAGUUCCGCGCUUCCUCGAUCCUCCAUUCCAGUUUGUGCUCCUCCCCAGACGCAUCUACUUCUCCGAACCUUGCUUGCCUGCUAGGGUCAGGAAGACCGCCUACUGACCAUGGUCUGGGGCGGGCGCCGUCGCAUUCGAGUUGGAGCUCGCAAAGUUGAGAUGUUUCGCAGGUUUCGUGUUCUUGGUCUCGAUUUCAAUCCUAAAAAUCUCAUCUUGCAAGCUGCUGCAUUCUGAUGAGGAAUCCCCGGCUCCAGGCUUGGAUUUGUUUUUCCCUUCAAGUUGGCUCUUUUGCGGUUGCUCAAAGAGAGAGGGACUCCGUGAGUGGCCGCCUAUCAUCUGCUCGAUCUAAUGCAGCUCUUACAUAAAGCAACGAUAUGUUUCGGUGAACUUUAUUAGCUUUUGUUAUGCUGGCACGAAAUCCUGGGAUUUGACCAAAAAAAUGAGCAAUUUUGGUGUUGGAUUUCUCACUCGAGCUGCAAUUUUGGUGGUCAUUUGUGGAUCAGCUAGUUUGGGGGUUUCAGGUCUUGGGUCGAUGUCCUCCAUUGCUGUCUCUUAUGGAGAAAAUGGCCCAGUGUUUUGUGGUCUUAGCUCAGAUGGGUCUCACCUGGUCUCUUGCUUUGGUGCUGAUGCUUCGAUACUCUAUGGAGCACCUUUUAGACUGCCUCUCCUGGGACUUACAGCUGGUGAUGGAUUUGUUUGUGGACUCCUUUUGGAUGCUCACCAACCCUAUUGCUGGGGCAACAACAUCUAUGUCAGUAUGGGUGUUCCUCAGCCCAUGGUGGAAGGCGCAGCCUACUCAGAGAUAAGUGCCGGUGACGACCACCUCUGCGCCCUUCGUAUGCCGAGCAAGGGAUCUCGGAGAGGUGUAUCCAUAAUAGAUUGUUGGGGCUACAACAUGACUACCUCUCACGAGUUCAAUGAUACUAUAAUGUCAAUCACCGCUGGGUCAGUGUUCAAUUGCGGUAUGUUUGCUCGCAAUCGAACGACAUUGUGUUGGGGCGAUGAGACAGGUAGUGGUGUUAUAAGCCUUAGACCGAGAAACUUGAGGUUCCAGUCUAUUUCAUCUGGUGGGUUUCAUGUCUGUGGGAUCUUGGAGAACUCCCAAGUCUUUUGCUGGGGAAGGAGUUUGGCGACGCAGCAGUCUUCUUCUGACAUUUUAGGCCAAGGGGAUGUUAACAUGGUUCCCAUGGAUCCUAUGGUUUCGGUUGCUGGUGGGAGGUUCCAUGCUUGCGGAAUUAAGAGGAUGGAUCACAAAAUUGUAUGCUGGGGUUUCAAACUUCAGAAUAGUGUUCCCCCACCUAGAGAUUCAAGGGUGUAUGAGAUUGUCGCUGGAGAUUACUUCACUUGCGGUGUUCUCGCGGAGCCUUCACUUAGGCCACUAUGCUGGGGCACUGGAGGUCCUUGGUCGAUACCGAUGGCAGUUUCUCCUGGAAUUUGUGCUUCGAAUCCGUGUGGCCCUGGGUAUUAUGAAUUCAUCCACAUGAGCUCCGGGAAUAAAGUUUGCAAGCCAGCUGAUUCAAGAGUGUGCUUACCAUGCAGCAUCGGUUGCCCCGAUGGGACUUACCAAUCUGCACCCUGCAAUUUGACCUCGGAUCGUGGCUGUACUUUCAACUGUUCAAGUUGCACGUCAAGCGAAUGCCGCACCUUCUGCACAUCAGGGAACAAAUCAAAGGGCCACAGAUUUCUAUCCUUUCAAAUUCCAAUCUUUGUUGCCGAGGUUGCAUUUGCUGUUGUCUUCGUGAGCUCAGUUUCUGUAGUUGCAUGUCUUUACAUUCGUCACAAACUGCAAAAUUGUAGAUGUUCUGACUCUGAUGUGAUUGUACCUAAAGCCCCAACGUACUCAUUCCGCAAGGAGCCAAUAAAGGUCCGGCCGGAUUUGGAGGACUUGAAAAUCAGGCGAGCCCAGAUGUUUACGUAUGAAGAGCUGGAGAGGGCAACAGGUGGAUUCAGUGAGGAAUCACUGGUUGGAAAGGGCAGCUUUUCAUGUGUUUUCAAAGGGGUUCUGAAUGAUGGAACUCUGGUUGCAGUUAAGAAAGCCACGAGAGCAUCUGAUGUUAAGAAUUCAAAGGAAUUCCAUACAGAACUUGACCUUCUUUCGAGACUAAAUCAUGCCCAUCUUCUUAACUUGCUUGGGUACUGCGAGGAAGGUGGAGAAAGGUUGCUGGUCUAUGAGUUCAUGGCCCACGGCUCCUUGUAUCAACAUCUCCACGGCAAGGAUCCGGGCCUAAAAAAGCGGUUGGAUUGGGUUCGCAGGGUCACCAUUGCUGUCCAAGCUGCUAGGGGAAUCGAAUACCUGCACGGAUAUGCUUGCCCUCCUGUGAUUCACAGGGACAUCAAGUCUUCAAACAUUCUUAUCGAUGAGGAACACAAUGCUCGAGUUGCAGAUUUUGGUCUUUCGUUGUUGGGUCCAGUGGAUAGCAGCUCACCGUUGUCGGAACCUCCUGCUGGUACUCUGGGUUACCUCGAUCCUGAAUAUUACAAGCUUCACUACUUGACCACAAAAUCAGAUGUUUAUAGCUUUGGAGUUCUUCUCCUUGAAAUUUUAAGUGGUCGUAAAGCCAUUGAUAUGCAGUUUGAAGAAGGGAACAUCGUUGAAUGGGCUGUUCCACUGAUCAAAGCUGGGAAUAUUUCAGCAAUUUUAGACUCGUCGCUGAAGCCUCCCAUUGAGUGGGAGGCUCUUAAGAAGAUAGCUGCGACGGCGGGCAAGUGUGUGAGGAUGAGAGGAAAGGACAGGCCAUCCAUGGAUAAGGUUACAACUGCAUUGGAGAGAGGUCUCGCGCUCUUGAUGGGUAGCCCUUGUAACGAGCAGCCAAUAUUGCCGACCGAGGUAAUCUUGGGGAGCAGCAGGCUCCACAAAAAGGGUUCACAUAGAUCUUCAAAUCAGUCAUGUUCCGAGAAUGACACUACAGAUGCAGAUGACCAGUUCGAGUACAGAGCUCCUUCAUGGAUCACAUUUCCCAGCGUGACCUCAUCACAGAGGAGAUCCGAAGCUGAGACAGAAGGGAAGAAUUCAGACGGCAGGGGUCUAGGCAAUGGCGGGGCUGGGGACGGCUUGAUGUGCUUGGAGGAAGAGAUUGGGCCAGCAUCUCCACAGCAAGAACUGUUCUUGCAAAACAAUUUCUGAAUUCAGUGCUUGAACACUGAACAUGUAAUUACUUUCGUCGCCUGGCCAUUUGAUUCUUCAGUCAUUGUCGUUUAUUUUUCAUCCUUCUUCCGAUCCAUAGAGUGGGAUCCUGUAAACGGAUGUCGAGUGAGCAUCCUUGCAUUCUAGUGUUUCGGUUCUGAAUGCAUUUAGUAAGCCUCUUGUAAGCAUGUUCUCCAUGAUUUCGAGUUAGUUCAACUGGCUUCAUGUUUAAACAAA